AUGACGUCUCGCCGACCCAGCACGGCCAACGAUGCAGGCUCGUCACGUAUGCCUUUCACAUCAGCAGAGGCACUGCUCUGGGGACCGGAAAUGAAGAAGCAACAUGCAUACCUUCUCACGGAGAUGCGUGCACUUCAGAAACAGCAUGAAGGCUAUGAUGCUCGGAUACGAGCUACUGAAGCUGCUGCAGCAGCCGCAGAAGCCACCACAGUACAAAUUCGUCACUUGGAACAGCAACUCGCUGCCAUCGAGGCGGAAAAUAAUGAUAAGGCUUUCGAGAAGUGGGCUUCGGGCGAAAUGACGCGACUGAGUGUUUUCGUCGAUACCAACAAGAACAUCACACAAAAGCAGAUUGAGCUCGAAAACAGGGUAUCAAGCAUGCCAGAAACGUUCGGGAAGCUCUCACGCAGGCCCAUGGAAUUGGAUACUGUCAUCCGACGCCUUGAACUUCUUGAGCACAGUUGCAAGGAGGAUGCGGAUCGGAUUCAAAGUCUGGAAGGAGAGAUCGGCCGUCUCAGGUCUGUACGGGAAAGCAAAACUACUGAUAAUCUGUGUGCAAUAGUGGGACCAACUUCAAAAACAUACACCGAGGCAGAGUUGAUAGAUUCACAGCUGUCGAACUGUGAGAUAUGGGACGGAACAACUGGGCCGAAUAGCGAGCCUAUGCUACUUUCGCAAACAACCCCACGUGAGGAGAUACAAGUCCCUCAAACUCCUGUGAUACAGACAAAAAGCCCCGGUACGGCCGUUAUUGCAUCUCCCACCGAAGACGGGCCUGUCCUGUCAGAUGAAUUGAGGCUGUUGCAAAGACCCUCAGUACAUGAUUCAAAAAUGUCACAGUCUAUAGAAAAGGAGGAUUCAGAGCCAGCACCUGCCGAGAACCCACGUUCCAAUAUGGGUCAUGCCUCUCCGCCACCUACACAGCUUGUUUCCAGAGAGCGACAACGUAAGAAGCCUAUGCCUACGCCCGCGUCACAGCAGAAGGCUGCUCCGCUUCCUAGAGACAAAGCACCAGCAAACGUAGCCCCAGCCACACAGCUCGUAGACAGAUCACCCCGAAAGCGGAAGCAACCCCAUACCGAGCCUCAAUCACAACGACUAACGCGUUCUUCGGCUAAGAAAAUGGAAGCGAGAGAAGGUGAGAUGCAGGCAUCGAUAGGAUCGAACACUGUCCCUGGAGUCCAAUCAGCAUCUAAAAUUGAGCCGACAUCCUUACCACAGAAGAAAUUGAAGGUGACUAACUCACCAAAGAAGAAGAAAAUUUCCACUCCCUUUCCAGUAGCCACAUGUCCAGAAGUUCGAAAGAGACUGAUCGUGAAAUUACCAUCUCCACGAAAACAAAAUCGCAUCGAUGCUGAUCUCAUAAACCAUUCACCGUGUGAAGCGGCCGGGGAACUGGACCACGACCACCCCUCAAAAUACUUAAGACUCUCGCGAGUUCUCGGAGUGAACAGCCUCGAGAUGAAUCAAUAA